AGGGUAAGUAAAUCUAGUCACAAACCUCGUUCACCGGCUUCAGUUCAAGCUCGAACGCCAUGGAGGACAAAUCGAAGCGUCUUGAUAUCGCGGUUGUUGGUGGUGGUUUGGUAGGAGCAUUAAUUGCUUGUUUAUUUGCAAAAAGAGAUCACAAAAUUCGAAUAUACGAAUAUAGACCAGAUAUACGUGUAGCAGACUUAAGGGGUCAAAGCAUAGAUCUUAGUCUUUCUCAUCGUGGAAGAGCAGCUCUAAGAGAAGUUGGUCUAGAAGAUUUGAUUAUCAAUCAUCAUGCUAUGCCCAUGCGAGGUAGAAUGAUACACAUGAAAAGUGGAACACUCAGUGAGAUGAUAUAUGAUCGCGUUCAUAAGAACUGUAUUUACUCUGUGAAUAGAAUGUACUUGAACAAAAUUUUAUUAGAUGCCGCAGAAAAAUCUCCAAAUGUGCAAUUAAAUUUCAAUGAGAAGCUUAUUGAGGCCGAUUUAGAAAAUGGAAAAAUGAAAUUUUUAAAUACAAAUACACAGGAAAUAUUAGAAACAGAAGCUGAUCUUAUUAUUGGUGCAGACGGUGCAUUCUCAACAGUACGAAAAAUAAUGUCAAAACGACCUCGUUAUGAUUGUGGACAAACGUACAUUGAUCAUGGAUAUGUGGAACUUUUUGUACCACCUGCUGAUGAAAAUAAAUUUGUAAUGAGCAGUAAUCAUUUGCAUGUUUGGCCACGAGGUGAAUUCAUGAUGAUUGCUUUACCCAAUAGUGACAAAAGUUUUACUGGUAAUUUAUUUGCACCAUUUAAAACUUUGGACAGUCUCAAUACACCUGAACGAUUAUUGAAAUUUUAUCGAGAACAAUUUCCCGAUGUUUUGCCAUUAAUAGGAGAAAAAAAGCUGGUUGAUGAUUUCUUUGAGACAGAGCCAAAAACUCUGAUAUCAAUAAAGACUUUCUUCAGUAAAAGCACACACACGUUACAGUGUAAACCUUAUCAUGUUGGAAACACUGCUCUUAUCAUUGGAGAUGCUGCCCAUGCGAUGGUUCCAUUUUAUGCACAAGGAAUGAACGCUGGAUUUGAAGAUGUCCUCCUACUGGAUGAGCUGAUGCAAAGAUACAAUUCGGAUCUCUCGAAAGUUUUACCAAAAUUUUCAGAUAUCCGAUGUGAUGACGCUCACGCUAUUUGCGAUUUGGCAAUGUAUAAUUAUCUAGAGAUGAGAGAUUUAGUUGCGAGAAAAUCAUUUAUGUUGAGAAAAAGUUUAGACACAAUGUUGUAUAGAUUUUUUCCCAACAAGUGGAUGCCACUAUACGAUACGGUUCAUUUUUCACGAAUGGGAUUUAGAAUGUGUAUGAAGAACAGAGCAUGGCAAGAUAAGAUAAUACGAAGAACAAUUUGGUCCGCUGGUAUGAUGCUGUUGGCCAUUUUUCUUGGACUAAUGAUUCAUUAAUUUUUUUUUACUAAUCUAUAUUAAAGAUAAGUGCUAUCAACAAAGAAUUCCAAACAUAUUAUAUAUAUAUAUAUAUAUAUAUAUAUAU